AGCCCUGGCGCAGAGCUCGCAGGCUCGCAAGCAGCCCGUGGGCACAGGCAGCCCCCAGCCCUCCCUCUCCACGCAGCGCUCCCUCGGGGCUCGCCCGGCUCCCUGCCGCCGGACAAGCCAGUCCCCUGGGACCAUGCUGGGCUGCCCGGUGCGGCGGGGCCAUGGGCAGCAGGGGGCACCGGGCACUGGGCACCUGCAGAUCUGCAAGCGCACGGACCUGCUGGUGGUGGAGAUUAACACGGUCUCUUGUUGCAGCCACGGCAGUGCCAUGGACCCAGGGCACUGGCCCGCGCGGGGCUCCGGCACCCCCUGGAUCUACCGGAGCGUCUCGGGGGAGUACGCGUGUCUGGAGAAGCGCUUUGUGGCUGAGCUGUGGCCGGCCCGGCGCCCGGGGCCCCGUGGGCACCAGGACCCCACGUGGAGCAAGACGAUUCCUCUCCCCCAGCCGCCCUCCAGCAGCGACCCCCGGGGCCUGCGGCUGCUGGGGAAGGGGGCGCGAGGGGACCGGGACGCCCCCAGCGAGAGGAAGCUGAGGGGCGGCUCGGAGGGCAGGAGGGGCCUGGGUUGGGCGGCCCCCCCGGAGAGGAGGGGGCAGGGGGCAGCGGCCGGCGUCCUGGGCAGGAGGCGGCUGGCAGGGAGUGCCGUGGAGGUGCUCCCAGCCGGGCCCCCCAGCUAUGAGACCCACAUGCUGAGACGGCUCCGGGCGGGGCUGGGCAGCCGCAAGCCGAACGAGCCACGGCCCCCGCCCUACAUCUCGCCCCCUGCCUACGACGCGCCCCACCGCACCCUCCCCACCAAGCGGCCCCGCACCGCCCCCAAGCCGCCGGCCGCCAAGCGGGGCCGGCCAGCGCCCCAUGGGACAGGGCCCGCUGGAGGCAGCCCGGAGCCCGCUCCCGGCUCAGGCGGCCCAUGGCAGCGGCUGGCCAGGCUCCCCCAUGAGGUCCUGGGUGGCUGGAGCUACCACGCGGGGUCGGGCUCCCUGGGGCGCCGUGCCAGGUCGGGGCUGGAGGGCGCAGUGCAGUCCACGGCCCGGGGCGGCUCGGCCGAGUCCCUCUUCCGCCCGCUGUCCAGCCCAGACAGUGGCAGCCACACGCUGCCCCGGGCAGCCGGAGGGGCUGGCAGGGCCCGCAGCCCCAGGGGCUGGGAUGCAGCGGGGCCUGGCUCUGUCCCGGGCCGGCAGCGACUCCCCUCCGGCUGGGGCUUUGGCUACGCACCCAGCUCCACGGGCAGCGCCAGGAGUGGGCAGCGGGAGGGCUGGGAGCAGAGGGGCCGGCCAGAACGCAGGGCGCCCCCCUCUCCCCGCCCCGUGGGGAAGGCACCUGACCAGUCCCCCAGAGCCGAAGGCCGAAGCCGGCAUGGGGGUGUCUUUGUGAUCGAUGCCACCUGCGUGGUGAUUCGCGCCGAGUACAUCCCGCCUCCGCGGCGGGAGCAGGUGCGGCUCCUGGGGUCCCCCCCGCCCCGGGACUCGGCCUCUCCAUGCCAGAGGCUGCUCCUGGCCAGCCGACCCCACCUUGGGGCCUCCGAGCGGGCGGCAGGGCCCCCACCCCCUUCCCCCGGGGAUGGCUCCCUGGGGGAGAGGGCGGCUCGGAUCUUGGGGCUCCCCGCGGCCGAGCUGGGCCUGGAGGGGCCACAGGGGGCCUGUGCCCAGCGAGAGGACCCCGGGCGCUGGGGCCAGCAGGCGGGAGCAGCUCUUCCUGGCAGCCCAGAGCCGCUGGUGGGGGGCCCCAGAGUACAUGGGCUGCCCAGUCCGGCCGCUUCCCCCGAAGAGCCACCUGGGGUGCCGGGGGGCAGGGAGACCCCUGGGGACGGCACCAGUCCAUCUGUGGGGCCGGGCCCGGGUUGGGGCAGGGAGGCUCCUGGGGACGAGCCGCAGGCCCUGCCCCCCCGAACCCGGCCCUGCGCCAAGCGCCCGGCGCUCUGCACCCGCGACCUGCGCGAGGCCGUGUCCCGCAUCCGCCGCCACACGGCGCCCGACUCGGACACGGACGAGGAGCCCGAGGGCCCGGCCCCGCGUGGCCACAUGGCCUGGAGGGGGCGCCCGCGCCACGGGGCCCUGGCCUACAGCAGCAGCAGCCUGGAAAGCAGCGGCUCCGACAUCACCAUCGUCCCGGCCAGCGAGGGGGAGCCCCCGGGGGCGGUGCCAGAGGCCGGGGAACCAGGGCAGGAGGCCUGGGGCAGGGGCCAGGAGGGGGUGGAGAUGAGUGGGGCAGCGGAGCCCAGAAGGGGGUGAGGGCGAUGGAGGGGGCCUGCCCUGCUUGUGCGCCCUGCGCUUUUCUUCCCUCGCCCCUGCCCUCCUCUCUCCUUCUCACAUGUCUAGGAGGGGCGGGGCCUGGUAGGGCGUGCCCAGGAUGGGCGGGGCCUGGCAGGGUGUGCCCAAUAUGGGCGGGGCCUGGCUGGGUGUGGCUUGGUGGGGCAGGGCCGAGCCUGGCAACUCAAAUACCCCUUAGCUUUGGGAGGAGACGGCUGGAAGGGGAGGACCCGCUUAGACCCAGCUAGGACCCCCGGGCCGGGCUCCUGUGUAGCCUGGGGGGUGCACCUCCCCGGUGGGGGUGAGAGUGGGCCCCUCAGAGUCAGCGUGGCGUCCCAGGGCCUGGCGCCGUUCCGGGCAGAGCCGUAACAAGGCAUUUCAGCGCCCGUGGUGAGCGAGCGUAUUUGCACACACGCCCAUCGGGUUUUGUCAUCGUUUUUCCACCCCCCUGUGGCUUUGCACCCGGCUCACCCUGCCCUGGACACGGCCCUGCUGGGGGCAGUUAACGGAGCAGUCUGUGUCUCUACCCCAGACUCUUCUGUGCGAAUCGAACCUGCUGUAAAAUGGUCCACAGAGAAAUAAACCCCCCUGGGGGCCUGUGCCCCGGCCUUGC